AAAAGAGUAUUAGCAGAGUAUUGUGCACAUCUAAUAACACCCCCUGAUGUUGAUUCUACUGUUGACAUCAUCGGAGUCAAUGCAAAUGGUGUCUUAGAUAAUAGUCAAGUACUUACUGGUGAUCAUCGUUCGGAGCAAUAUCCACCAAGUGAAAAUGAUUAUACAAUUGCUUUAAGAAUACAAUUCGGUGACUUCGUCUAUUUCACAGCAGGCGAUUUGGAUGGCGAAGAUUCAAAGUCGUCAUACAAGUAUAAAUAUCACAACGUGGAGUCCACAUACAAAACUUUCAUUGGUCAAGUCGAUGUCUACCACGCAGAUCAUCAUGGCUCCGAACAUUCAAAUAACAAGGAUUUCCUCUCCACCUUACUUCCAACUGUUUCCUUGAUAUCUUGUGGUGCUGGAAAUUCGUAUGGCCAUCCAACACAAAAGGCUCUUGAGAACAUGCAGCUUACAAGCAAGAUCUUUUUGACACAAGACUGCAAUCCUACUAUAACCGACAAAUACCCCAACGCAGUGAUCGUCCUCAACGACGAAAUAGUUGUCUCUUAUACCAAAGACUCUUCGACUUACACCGUCUCAGAUUCUCAAAAUAGCAAGUCACAUACCUUCGCAAUCAAGUCGAACAAACCAAAACCAGAAGUCUGUAAUUAA